AUGACUCCGCAGGCGUCGGAGCAGAAGAUUUGCCAGUCGGUACUGGAUUUCGUCACAGAGGGCACCUUUCCAGGCUCGGAAGAUGUCGUAUCAUCAGUAUUUCCUACGUCAGCUCUGGCUAAAGAACUGGAGCUUAUAUCGAAUGCAAGAGAGCAGGUCGAAGCUGAAAUAAACUCAUUGAGUCGAGAGAACGACUUUGAUGCCGACGGCUGGAUUUCUCAAGCCAAACAGCUUCAUGCAGAUAUUGAGCGAUCCAGGCUUACGGCGCGUGAGAUUGUUGCGCAGCACGAGAACACUAGGCCCUUGCAGCUGAAGGUCGAAGACGCCUCUGCGAAGGUUCGAUUGAUUCAAACAGAGAUUGCUUUCAACCAGGCCGUGACUAGGACCCUUGAGGAGGUACAAGAGCUUUGCCAGCGACUCAAUGCAGGACGGACAGACCUUGCGGAAGGCCGUAUCAUGGCCGCCAUUAACAAGGUGAACGCGGUGGAAGACACUGUACAAAAGGAUAGUCUUUUCGCCAACACUACCGUAAAGCACAUUUUAGUGCAGAAUGUCGCCGAACUGAGGAAACAGAUUGCGGAGGACCUCCGGUGUCGCUGGAACAACCUCUUGAAGGUUGACAGACAGGCCGGCAGCUUCGAGGUCGCCAAAAAUGACUGUGCCUUGCUGGAUGAUACAAUAGCUGCCAUGGCUCGAUUGGACCUACUUGUCCCAGCAAAUGACAGACUGCAGAAGGAUCUUCUGUUAGCGAUAGUGGAACCGAUAUUGCUUCCUAAUCUGGACGGCUAUAGUCGUCUGAUCCGUGUUGCAGAAGGCUCGAUUCAUGUGCAGCCAGAACCAGCCACAACUACUGCCCCGCAGCUGCUCGAUCGUGUCUCCGAUGUCUUAGGUUUUCUCCGGCAAUGUCUGCCUUCGUCCAUUUCAGAUUCCUUCUCCGACACUUUCGUACCAGCUCUAUCCUCCAAAAUCAUAUCAUCUUGGCUUUCAUCUGCAGUCCCCACAGACCUUGCAGGCCUCGCUGACUUUGAGGCUAUCCUGGAUAGUGUGUUGAAAUUUGCUCAGACAAUCGAGACACUUGGAUGGCACGGGCAGGAAGAACUUGUGUCUUGGGUGAAUCAAGCACCCCGCCUCUGGCUUACUAGGCGGCGAGCUGACUCCCUUGAUCAAGUCCGUAAAGUUCUUGCGGGGAGUCAGGGGUUGACAAAGCAAGUAGAACGGGUUGAAAAGGAAGAGGUAUCUCAAGCAGAUGAAGUACUGUUGGAAAAUGCCACUUCAGACGAUUGGGACGCUAAUUGGGAUGACGACAAUGGUGACGAGUCCAAGGGAAUCCCCUCGGGAACCCAAGAAGAUGACGAUGAUGUCGCUGCUUGGGGUCUUGACGACGACGCUAAGGAGGGCAUAGUGGAGACCAAAGCCGAUAUCUCAGAAUCGGCCGACGACGAUGAUGCAGAUGCAUGGGGCUGGGGUGACGACGAAGACGGAGAUGAACGUGUUGAAAACCAACCACCCCAGGAGACUGAUAAGGCGACUCCUGUAAUUGGAAGAGAUAUCGGACAUCAUGCACCCCGGGAAGUUACCUUGAGAGAGCACUACACUGUCACGGAUAUUCCGGACUCCAUUAUGACGAUUGUCCGACAGCAGGUCAGGGAUGUGGAGGUCAUCUCCCAGCCUGGACACAAUCAUACGCGUAUUGUCUCUUCUGGGGCUGGUCUUCUUGCACUUCCGACGUUAAUCCUGGCUAUGUUCAAGGCGACGGCACCUUCCUUCUACAGUCUCAAACUCAAUGCUGGACAAAUGUACCUGUAUAACGACAGUUUGUAUCUCGUCGACCAGCUCCGGACCAUGGUUGAAGGACAUAAGCUUUCGCGUCUCAGUUCGGAUUUGGAUGCACUUGAAAAGUUCGGCAAGCUCGCUUAUAGCAAGGAGAUGCAGACUCAACGCACUAUAGUCACCGACUUGCUCGAUGGUGCCCAGGGAUUCAGUCAGUGUUCAGAACAGCCGUUCCUUGGGGAGUGCGAAAAUGCAAUAAGCGCCACUGUUGACAGAAUCCGCGAUGUCUACAAGGAAUGGCAACCGAUCCUGUCACAUUCUGCGCUUCUUCAAUCGAUUGGAUCGUUGGUAGCCUCCGUCAUCAACAAGAUUAUCAUUGAUAUCGAGGAUUUGGGUGAUAUCUCGGAAGCUCAGUCCCAACGCCUGGUGUCUUUCUGUAAUCAGGUCUCUCAAUUGGAGGACUUGUUUAUGCCAGGGCCAACUGAAGGUAUUGAGCGUGUGCCAAUGACCGCGGUGUACGUGCGCAACUGGUUGAAGUUCCAAUAUCUGAUAAAUAUACUGGAAAGCUCUCUUGCCGACAUCAGGUUUCUUUGGACAGAAGGAGAGCUUCGGCUCGAAUUUUCAGCAGACGAGGUGGUCGAUCUGAUCGAAGCUCUCUUUGCGGAGUCUGAUUACCGACGGAAGGCGAUUGCAGAUAUUAGACGACAGUCUCGGGGAUAA